AUGAACGACGGAUCUAAGCAUCCUCGGGUCGAUCCUUCCGCGCCCGAUCUCGGCGACGACAGCGCCCGGGGCGCCGCAGCGCGCGACGCAGAAGCUGCGGCAGCCGAGCUGAAAGCUACGAGGUCGGAGAACAAGCGACUAAAGGAGAAGCUCGCCGCCGCGGAAGCGAAGAACGCGAAGUACGCGGAGAUGUAUCCGACGCUCGACGCGAACGAACAGCUCGCGAGCGUGGUUUUCUCGCACGUUACGGACGUCCGAACGCGCGUCGCUCUCGCGCAGGUGAACACCGUGUGGCGAAACGCUUCGAAACACGCGUCUUCGCUGCCGCCCUCGCUCGACUUCACGGGCUGCCCGGAGGUGGAUAUGACUGAGGGCAUGUAUAGAUAUUGGAACACGAAGUGCGCCUACGUCUUUGGGAUCGAAGGCGUGCUCGAUCUGCCGGAGUCGCACUUUCACGGCCUUCUCGAACAGGCGGGGGCUGACUUGUCCCGUUCGGUUCUCAAAGUACUCGCAUUAUCCUACGAGAUGGGCGUCGGCGUGGAGGUAAAUGAAGCGAGGGCGGUCGAACUGUACGUCAAGGCGGCGGAGCUGGGUCAAAAAGAGGCCGCAACGGAACUCGGGAACAAGUACAGGUACGGCACGUGCGGCGUGGCGGUGGACAAAAAGGAGGCGCUGAAGUGGUACCGCCUCGCGGUGGAGCUCGGCGACACCAGCAUCGACGCAGAAGAGAGGGUGUAUAAUGUCGAGGAAGAGAUCCGGACGGGAGUGUCCGUCGCCGACUUCGACGAGGAUGGGUAUGAUACAUCGUGA